AUGCAACAUAUUCACCUCCCAUUCGGAGGUUCUGUAUGGGAGUUAUUGAGUUACCAUUGCUGCCCCAUCCUCAGAAACAGACACAGCCUCUCAACCCUCCCAUUUUACAGCAUUCAACUAUGGAUUAUUCUUGGCAUUUUGUCAUUUCCAUGCUGUGUUCAGUGUCAGAUUUUCAAAGUGGGAGUCUUAGGGCCUUGGAACUGUGACCCUUAUUUCGCAAAAGCAAUACCUGCUGUUGCAUCCAGACUGGCUGUUGGUCGCAUCAACGAGGAUUUUAGUUUAGACCUGGGCUGUACAAUGGACUUUGUAAUCCUUCAAGAGCCAUGUGAAACAUCGAAAGCAUUGACUUCGUUCAUACAAUAUGAGAACAUAGCGGAUGCAUUUGUAGGCCCUACAAAUCCAGGAUACUGCAACGCAGCAUCUCUUAUGGCCAAGAAUUGGGACAAAGCUAUAUUUUCAUGGGCGUGCAUUAACUACGAGUUAGACCGGGUCGAGGGCUACCCAACAUUUGCACGUACUUUACCAUCUCCGACCCGGGUGCUAUUUAAUGUUCUCAAGUAUUUCAGAUGGGCUAACGUGGCCAUUGUGUCUUCUAAUGAGGAUAUGUGGAUUGACACUGCCACCAAAGUGGCCAAUGCCCUCAGAAACCAAAGGCUUCCUGUUGGCAUUGUUACUUCCAUAGGGAAUAACGACACCAUGAUGGAGAACACAUUGUUGAGCAUCCAAAACGCAGGACAGAUUAAAGUGAUCAUUAUGUGCAUGCACUCAGUGCUCAUUGGAGGUGAGCAACAAGCAUCUUUCCUGAUGAAGGCGUAUGAUAUGGGGCUGACAAAUGGACGCUAUGUGUUCCUACCAUACGACACUCUCCUGUACAGCCUGCCGUACACCAACACCACCUAUUUCCCAUUACAAAACAACACCAAACUACGCAAAGCCUAUGAUGCUGUUCUCACCGUUACCGUUGAGUCGGAGUUGAUGUCGUUCAACGAAGCGUUCAAUAUGGCCAAAAUGCUCGGAGAACUAAUAGUGUCUCAGGAGCCCCAACAGGUCUCUCCACUUUUUGGUACCAUCUACAACAGUUUGUACCUCAUUGCCAAGUCCAUGCACAAUGCCAGAAGAGCAGGUAAGUGGCUGUCUGGGAGCAACCUGGCCUUCUUCACAAAGAACAUCACGUUUACUGGGUUCAAUCAAAACAUCCGUGUUGAUGCCCAAGGAAACGGGCAGACCAGCUAUGUUAUUUUGGACACUGAUGGGUGGGGAGCUCAGCUUUAUCGCAGCUUUCAAGUGGACCUGACUACAGACAUGGUCCUGUUUGCCGGCACGUCCAUACAUUUUCCUGGAGGAUCCCCGCCUCCUUCAGAUUCUAGCUGCUGGUUUGACCCCAAUACUAUCUGCACAGGAGGUGUGGAAAUAAUAUAUGUCGUCAUAGCUUUUGUCAUUGUAUUAACUUUAGUUCUCGGUUCUGUUGGCCUAACUUUGUUUGUAAGGAGGCGAAUCCAACAAAUCCAGCUGAUUAAAGGACCCAACCGAAUCUUGCUUACACUUGAUGACCUAACCUUCAUCAACCCUCAACUGAGCAAGAGGAAAAUCACCCUGGAGGAUCUAAGCGAUUCAAAAAGUUACAUGGAUGAGAAAAGCACAGGGGGUCGCUCUCGGUCUCUCAACAGUAUGGCAACAGCAACACAUGAAAAUUCAAAUGUGGCCGUCUAUGAGGGGGAUUGGGUUUGGCUUAAAAAAUUUAAGGAGGGACAUUUCAAGGAGGUCAAACAAAGCACCACUAAGAUAUUUACCAAGAUGAAGGACCUACGAAAUGAAAAUGUGAAUCCGUUUUUGGGGUUCUUCACCGAUUGUGAGAUGUUUGCCAUCGUCACUGAACACUGCUCUCGGGGAAGUCUACACGAUCUUCUUCGCAAUGAAGACGUCAAACUGGACUGGAUGUUUAAAUCUUCAUUAGUUUUGGAUCUUAUUAAGGGCAUGAAAUAUCUUCACCACAGGGAUUUUCCUCAUGGGCACCUGAAAUCUCGUAACUGUGUAGUAGAUGGACGCUUUGUUCUAAAGAUCACAGAUUAUGGUUACAAUGAGAUCCUUGAGACGCAGAAAGCUCCAAAAGAAAAUCCACCACCAGAGGAUCUCUUCUGGACAGCCCCUGAACUUCUUAGAGAUCUUGAAAAUCCACGAAAAGGAACGUAUAAAGGAGAUGUGUAUAGCUUUUCAAUAAUACUUCAAGAAGUCGUCGUCAGAGGAGGUCCCUACUGCAUGCUCGGCUUGUCUCCUGAAGAAAUAAUAAGGAAGGUGAAGAAACCUCCACCUAUGUGCAGGCCUACCGUAGCUCCAGAUCAAGCUCCACUGGAAUGCAUCCAGCUGAUGAAACAGUGCUGGGGUGAACAACCUGACAGAAGACCUUCAUUUGAUGAGAUCUUUGAUCAGUUCAAACUCAUCAACAAGGGCAAAAAGACCAAUAUCAUUGACUCAAUGCUGCGUAUGCUGGAGCAGUACUCCUCUAACCUGGAGGAUCUGAUUAGGGAAAGAACGGAGGAGCUGGAGGUGGAGAAGCAGAGGACAGAGAAGCUUCUAGCUGAAAUGCUUCCUCCUUCUGUGGCAGAAGCUUUGAAAACCGGUGUUUCCGUCGAGCCAGAGUAUUUUGAUCAGGUCACCAUCUACUUCAGUGACAUUGUGGGCUUCACCACCAUCUCAUCCCUUAGCGAUCCAAUCGAAGUUGUAGACCUGCUUAAUGAUCUGUACACUCUAUUUGACGCUGUGCUGGGAAACCAUGAUGUCUACAAGGUCGAAACAAUUGGAGAUGCCUACAUGGUGGCUUCGGGGCUGCCGAAGAGGAAUGGCAACAAACAUGCGGCAGAGAUUGCAAACAUGUCCUUGAACAUUCUCAGCUCGGUGGGAUCCUUCAAGAUGCGGCACAUGCCGGAAGUACCGGUCAGGAUACGGAUCGGCGUUCAUUCCGGGUCAUGUGUUGCUGGGGUCGUGGGUUUAACUAUGCCUCGAUACUGCCUUUUUGGAGAUACAGUCAACACAGCCUCUCGUAUGGAAUCUACAGGGUUGCCUUACAGAAUUCAUGUGAACAUUAGUACAGUGAAUAUUCUUCGGUCAUUGAACGAUGGGUACAAAAUAGAAGUUAGAGGAAAGACUGAGCUGAAGGGUAAAGGUAUAGAAGAAACUUACUGGCUUGUUGGAAAAUCUAAUUUCACAAAGCCUUUGCCAAAACCACCAGAGAUGAAACCAGGAGAUAACUGGAAAGACAUGGUGACAGAGGAAAUCAAGUCAAUAUUCCGCAAGGCCAACAGGCAGGUGGACAAGCCCAAAAUUUGAGAAGCAAAAAGAAAAAUGACCAAGAAGAAACCACACAAAGGACAUUACAAGCAUGUGUGUAUCGCUGCAGCUUACUUGCAGACUUGUUUAAUGAGAUUGUUGGCGUCUGUAUAA